UGUACCUCCUGCCUCUCUGGAAGGGUGUGUUGGAACAAGUGGAUGUGUGACUGCUUGUCCAGGUGUGGAUGUUCACCAGGCUGAGUUUAGUGUUCUGGAGUGAGUUACCUGGUGCUUACAUUCUGGAAAUGUGUUUCCAUGUUGCAAGGCAGCCUGGAGGGCUUGGGGCUCCGUAACUGGGGGAGGAGGCUGAAAAGCCCACUCACCCUUAUCAAGUGAUGCUCAGUGGCAUCCACAUGGGCUAAAAAAUGCAUGAGGCCAGCCACCUCUUCCCUCAGCUGUAGCAAGUCCCUCUCAUGCACUCCUCUCCCCAUGUUCACAUGCACCACUGGGAACAAAGACGACACACAGACACAGAGGCAGGACACAAGCAUUCCACAAGACCUCUGUGUUCUCCCAUGCUGAUGCAUUCACAUCCAUUUCCUCUCCAACUGCAGAAACACAGAAAACCUUUGAGGGCAGGCAUGCACUACAUGGUGGCAGAGGAAGGGAGGAGGAAAGUGGGUGACAAAACCAGUAUUAAUGUGGCUCUCUUGCGUGAUGGUAUUUCUUACCCUCAGAGCGUGGGGCUGACAGAAGGGAAGCAGUCAGGAAGAAGCAAAAGCAGCGGCUUGGGGGAGAUGAGAGGCAAAGGAAGACAGAAGGUGUCCCCUGGCACAAGCAGGUGGUGAUGAAGGGCUGAACAUUAUUCAGGUGCUCUCUGCUCAUUAGCUCAGCUGUUGAGCCAGUGCCAGCAUUGGCUUUGCCUGGGAACACACGGCCUGGUGGGAAUGGCAAAGUUUGUUUACUUUUAGGGAUCAAGAUAAAAAUGGCACAGCAGGCAAAGUGUAACUUCAGGUUCCCAGGCAGUGGCUGCUUUGUGCAACUUCUGCUCACAUUUGAGAUCACUGCAUUGAUUUCUAGAUCAAUAAAACACCACUUUUAAGACAAUUCCCAGCCUGGGAGGACCACACUUUGGUAUUCAGAGAAAUUAAUUAUUGUACUAAUUCACAGUUUUGACAGAAGCAAAACCCAGACAAUGUCUUUGACAACCAAGAGAUUUACCUGGAGAUGUAGACAAGACAGUGUCCUGAAGCCUGUCUCUCAUUGAUUUAGCAGUUUUACCCACAUUUGCUUUGAGCAAAGUCUUUGAUGAUUUACACAGAGAUCUCUUGGGGCCGUAGAUCUUGGGAGAGAAGGACAGAUUUGGCGUAACACCUUCAGAGAGGGAAACAGAAAAACCAGCCUGACCCUGGGAUGCUGUGUCACCAGACACACCUGAUGGAGGCCGAGGAACAGGAGGAAGACUCCAGCUCCCUCUCAAAUGACAAAUCCGAGACUAACUCACGUCACUGCCUCCGCUAUGUGCCCCUUGGGAUAGCCUUUCUUGUGCUGGCUGGAGCUGCUGCAGCAACCUGGUAUUUCCUAGAUUACAGACCAUGGCACCUGGAGCCAUCCAUCCUGCAGUUUUACUGUGGCAGCCUCCAGGUCCUGAACCGCCGGUACUCCCCGGACCUUGGGCAGGUGGAGUCCAGAGCCUUCUGGGUAGAGUCAGCUAAGCUCCAGAACAUGCUGAAGGAAUUGAUUUGUGCCACAGAGCUGGGUCGGUACUACAAUUCGAGCACAGUGUAUGCCUUUGGGGAGGGAGCUCUGACCUUCUUCUUCUGGUUCACCCUCCAAAUCCCUGAGAGUCAGCAGAAGGAGGCAACUGCUGAGAGGGUAAACACAGUGCUCCACCAAGAGCUCUCCACCAGCUUCAACAGCUCGGGCAGCCUGUCCUAUCAGACGGAGUACAGGGUCAACCCAGACUCUCUGGUUCUCCUGGAGUCCAGUGUGAAAGACAUAAUAGUACUGAAAUCCACUCUGGGUUGCUACAGGUACAACUAUGUCCAGGAGGAUGACAUCCUAAGGCUGGAGGGCCCUGAUUACCUGGCCUCCAGUUGUCUUUGGCACCUCCAUGGCCUCAAGGGCUACAUGAUCAAGCUACGCCUGGAGUGGACUCUGCCUGAUUGUAGGGACCGCCUGGCAAUGUACGAUGCAGCUGGGCCCCUGGAGAAACACCUCAUCACCUCGAUCUACGGCUGCAGCCGGCAGGAGCCCAUCGUGGAAGUCCUUUCAUCUGGCCCUGUCAUGUCCAUUGUGUGGAAGAAAGCCAUGUACAGCUACUAUGACCCCUUCAUCCUCUCAGCACAGGCGGUGCCCCUCGAAGCUUGUGAAGUGAACAUAACUCUGCGGGAGAGCCUGGAGCUGCAGGGAAAGAUCGGCACCCCACACCACCCCAGCUACUACUCGCCCAACACGCAGUGCACCUGGCACAUGAUGGUCCCAUCCCUCGACUAUGGGGUCACCCUCUGGUUCGAUGCCUACGCACUCAGCAGACAGAAGCACGACCUGCCCUGUACACAAGGCCAGUGGAUAAUCCAGAACAGAAGGUUGUGUGGCCUGCGGACCCUGCAAGCCUAUGCUGAGAGGAUCCCAGUCACAUCUUCUGCUGACAUCACCAUCACCUUCACCUCGCAGAUCUCCUUAACCGGCCCUGGCGUACAGGCAACUUACAGCCUGUACAAGCAAUCUGACCCCUGUCCUGGGGAGUUUCUGUGUUUGGUGAACGGUUUGUGUGUCCCAGCCUGUGACGGGAUCAAAGAUUGCCCCAAUGGGCUGGAUGAGAGAAACUGUGUGUGCCCUGCAAAGUUCCAGUGCCGUGAGGACAGCACUUGCAUCGAGUUCAGCAGGGUCUGCAACCAGCAGCUGGACUGUGUCAACGGGAGUGAUGAGGAGCACUGCAGUGGAGGGGUCCCCUGUGGUCCUUUCACUUACCGCUGUGAAGAUGGAACCUGUGUGAAGAAACCCAACCCCCUGUGUGACACCACUGCAGACUGCAAGGACCUGUCUGAUGAGAAUCACUGUGACUGUGGGAUGCAAGCCCCCCUCAACAGGAUUGUGGGUGGUAUGAAUUCUGUGGAAGGAGAAUGGCCAUGGCAGGCCAGCCUGCAAGUUCGGGGCCGCCACAUUUGUGGGGGAACACUCAUUGCUGACCGCUGGGUGGUCUCAGCUGCGCACUGCUUCCAGGAUGAGAGGCUGGCCUCCCCCUCCAUCUGGACCGUCUACUUGGGCAAAUACUUGCAAAAUGCCACCGGCCAUACAGAGGUGUCCUUCAAAGUUAUCCAUCUCUUCCUCCACCCUUAUUACGAGGAGGACAGCCAUGAUUAUGAUGUGGCCCUGCUCCAGCUGGAUCAUCCUGUGAUCAUCUCACCCUUAAUCCAGCCCAUCUGCUUGCCUGCUCCUUCUCACAUCUUCGAGCCUGGCCUUCAUUGCUGGAUCACUGGCUGGGGAGCCCUCAAGGAAGGCGGGCACAUCAGCAAUGUUCUGCAGAAGGUGGAUGUGCAGCUCAUCCAGCAGAACAUCUGCAGUGAGGCUUAUCACUACAUGAUUACUCCCAGGAUGCUGUGUGCUGGGUACUACCAGGGCAAGAAGGAUGCCUGCCAGGGUGAUUCCGGAGGUCCACUGGCCUGCCAAGAACCCAGUGGCAGAUGGUUUCUGGCUGGUUUGGUCAGCUGGGGAAUGGGAUGUGCACGUGCAAAUCACUAUGGAGUAUACACCAGGAUCACUCAAGUCCUGGGCUGGAUGAACCAAACCAUGAGCUGAGAAAAGUGCAUCUGUCUUCUCACCAUCACACCUACACUCACAUGGCACUCAUUCCUGAUCUUGCUCACUUGCCUCUCAGAGAAAGAGAGUGUGGGAUGUUGUCAGACCCAGGAUGUUCUUCUGGGGUAAAAAAGGCUGCUGCAGGGAUUGUAGAGAAAAAGCAGGCCGACCCUCUUCUACAUUAGUGCUUCCCAGGGAGCAUCCCAAGGGGUUUUUAGGCCAUCCAUCCAAAACGGGGGAGAAGGAAGGCAGGUGGGGGAGUUGAGGGCAAUGACAUGAUACACAGCAAUAGUCCCAAGCUGAUGGUUUCUGAGAAGAGGAAUAAGGGGAGUUGAACUUUCCAUGAACCAUGUGAUUCAGCCACAGUCUUAUGCUGGAACAUUUGCUGAAAGAAAAUGUGACUGAUGUAGUUAGAGAUUCCAGUAACUGUGAAAUCAAUCUGCCUCCCUCUUCCUUCCUGCUGCUUAUCCUUCUCCCCCUUCCCCUCCCAUCACUCCUCCUCUUCCAUCUCCCUAAUUGCUUCUUUUCUUAGUUGGCGUGUGCUGUUCAGUGUGCUGUUCAGUUCAGCCAGGCAACUCUUCACGUCUCACUGACUCCCAGGCAUGAGUCCAGCAUCGCACCCCCAAGCACGUGUCCUGCCUCCCUGCUGCACUUCCCCCAGGAAAAAUGCUGGAGCAGACUCCCAACCCCUUCCCUCAGCCCUUAAAUGUUAAAUACCUUUAACAUCAGGGAGUCUCAACCUCUUCCAUCUCCUACCUCAGGUAAUCCAGGAGGUGAAGGAGAAGGCUUCAGGGCACAGGGCUUAAACUGCAACUGCUGCGGGUGUGGGUUUUUUUAACUAAAGAUAUACGUGUGUGUGUGUGUGUGUGUGUGUA